GUUAAGAACAUACUUCCUUUUCCGGUUUGCCCGUCUUAGUUCAUGGCGAACUAAAUAAGUUAUAUCGAAUCUGCGCCAAUCAUAGUUGAAAUCUCAUUAAAAACAAGAAAACAAUGGCGGAGCAAAUGACGCUUAGAGGGACCCUCCAAGGGCAUGGAGGAUGGGUGACACAGAUCGCCACUACUCCCCAAUAUCCUGAUAUGGUGUUGUCGUCCUCUCGGGACAAGACCUUGAUUAUGUGGAAGUUGACCAGAGAUGAAACAAAUUAUGGUUUACCACUCAGAUGUUUAAGAGGUCAUGGUCACUUUGUAUCAGAUGUAGUCAUGUCAUCUGAUGGCCAGUUUGCCUUGUCUGGAUCAUGGGAUAAGACUCUACGUCUGUGGGAUCUUGGAGCAGGAACAACAACCCGUUUGUUUGACAACCAUGACAAAGAUGUCCUCAGUGUAGCCUUCUCUGCUGACAACAGACAAAUUGUUUCAGGUUCCAGAGAUAAAUCUAUCAAACUGUGGAACACCCUUGGUGUCUGUAAAUACACCAUUCAGGAUGAAGGCCAUAGUGAUUGGGUAUCCUGUGUUAGAUUUUCACCAAAUACAGCCAAUCCAAUUAUUGUAUCCUGUGGAUGGGACAAACAUGUUAAGGUUUGGAAUUUGACUAACUGUAAACUGAAAACCAACCACAUUGGACAUACUGGUUACUUGAAUACUGUUACUGUUUCUCCUGAUGGCUCACUGUGUGCAUCUGGAGGAAAGGACGGACAAGCCAUGUUGUGGGAUCUGAAUGAAGGAAAACAUUUGUACACAUUAGACGGAGGUGAUGUUAUCAAUGCAUUGACCUUUAGUCCGAACAGAUAUUGGCUCUGUGCUGCUACCGGUCCAAGUAUCAAAAUAUGGGAUCUUGAAGGAAAGAUCGUCGUUGAUGAGCUCAGACAAGAAGUCAUUUCAGCAAGCUCCAAAGCACAAGCUCCACAGUGUAUAUCUCUAGCAUGGUCAUCAGACGGACAAACGCUAUUUGCUGGAUACACAGACAACCUGAUUCGGGUCUGGCAGGUGUCUAUGGCAGCAAGAUAAAAUUAAGUGACAUUGAUCCAUGGAGAUAGUGCUGUGAAAUAAAAAAAACUUCCUGAAGAAAA